UUUGCCUAUAAAUACACGAAGAAGAGGGGGUUGUCCGGGAUAAACAAAAGAACACAAGUUAUCUGUUUCUCUCCUCCGCGAGUCUGUUCAUUAGGGUUUUUCUCUAGUUCACUCUCACUGUAUGCGACUGAAGCAUCCGGAGGGAGAGAGGAAGUGAGAGUUACGUUUUAGAGAGAGUGCGGGCUGAUGGAUGCGUAUCCGUUGCAUCUUGCCAUGGCUGCGCUGGUAGGGGCGUCGUUCGUGGCAGUAUCUGCGUACGUCAUGCACCGCAAAACCCUAACACAGUUACUGGAGCUGGCCAAGGCGGUGGAGAGGGAGUGGGAGACGGAAGAUAACUCGGAGGGCGGUUCGCCGCAGCAUUCGAUCAAGAAGAGGCGCAGUGGUGGUGGGGCCGGCGGUCGGAGGAAGGGAAACGGGUACCAACGGCGGGGGUCGUCUUCCCUGCCUGAUGUUAUGGCUGUUUCGGGAGAGUGCGGGGAGAUUGACGGAGACGAGAAGCAGAAUGGUCAGAUACCCGUGGACGGGAUUCCGGUUGGAUUGCCGAGGCUUCACAUGCUCCCGGAAGGGAAGUCUACUGGGCGUACAAGUUCAACGAAGAGAUCUGGAAGUUUUAUGAAAACAACUUCUCCCAAGUCCCCUAUGGCUAGUGCUAGUGCUUUUGAAAGUGUAGAAGGAUCCGAUGAAGAGGAUAAUAUGACUGACAACUCUAAGUUGGACCUUACAUUCCUACAUCCCAAUGGAAAUUCUGGUUAUGAGAAUUUACCGGAGCAUGUCAAUGCCAAUGGAGAACAAAUAUCUAUUGCUGCUUCAAGCAUGAUUCGCUCCCAUAGUAUAUCUGGUGACCUCCAUGGCGUGCAGCCUGAUCCUAUUGCAGCUGAUAUUCUACGGAAAGAGCCUGAGCAGGAAUCUUUCACACGACUUAAAAUUAACCCUACAGAGGUACCAUCUCCCGAUGAAGCAGAGGUUUAUGUGAUUCUUCAGGAAUGUCUCGAAAUGAGAAAACGAUAUCUAUUCAUGGAAGCAGUUGCUCCAUGGGAGAAAGAAGUUAUAUCUGACCCCAGCACACCAAAGCCUAACCCUGAGCCUUUUGCUUAUACUUCAGAAAGAAAAUCUGAUCAUUACCUUGAGAUGCAUGAUGGGGUCAUACAUGUCUAUCCAAAUAAAGAUUCUAGAGAAGAGCUUUUCCCCGUUGCUGAUGCAACAACCUUUUUCACUGACUUGCAUCACAUUCUUCGAGUGAUAGCCGCAGGGAAUACGAGAACUUUAUGUCAUCAUCGGUUAAAUCUUCUGGAACAAAAGUUCAAUCUGCACUUGAUGCUUAAUGCGGAUAGGGAAUUUCUUGCUCAGAAAAGUGCCCCACAUCGUGACUUUUAUAACGUAAGGAAAGUUGAUACACAUGUACAUCACUCUGCAUGCAUGAACCAGAAGCAUCUUUUGAGGUUUAUAAAGUCUAAAUUGAGGAAAGAGCCCGAUGAGGUUGUAAUAUUCAGAGAUGGGACAUACUUGACCUUAAAAGAAGUUUUUGAGAGCUUGGAUUUGACGGGGAAUGACCUGAAUGUUGACCUGUUGGAUGUUCAUGCUGACAAGAGCACGUUUCAUCGCUUCGACAAAUUCAAUCUCAAGUAUAAUCCCUGUGGACAAAGCAGGCUCAGGGAGAUAUUCUUAAAGCAGGAUAAUCUUAUCCAAGGCCGUUUCCUGGGUGAAUUGACAAAGCAAGUGUUUUCUGAUCUUGAAGCAAGUAAAUAUCAGAUGGCUGAAUAUAGAAUAUCCAUAUAUGGUAGGAAGCAAAGUGAGUGGGACCAGUUGGCUAGUUGGAUAGUGAAUAAUGAAUUGUACAGCGAGAAUGUUGUCUGGUUGAUUCAGAUUCCAAGAUUAUACAAUAUUUACAAGGACAUGGGGAUAGUGACAUCAUUUCAGAAUAUCCUUGACAACAUCUUUAUUCCAUUAUUUGAAGUUACGGUGGAUCCAGAUUCACAUCCUCAGUUGCAUGUUUUCUUGAAACAGGUGGUUGGAUUAGACUUGGUUGAUGAUGAAAGCAAGCCUGAAAGACGCCCUACAAAGCACAUGCCAACUCCUGCUCAAUGGACCAAUGUGUUCAAUCCUGCAUUUUCAUACUAUGUGUAUUACUGUUAUGCUAAUCUAUACACAUUAAACAAGCUUCGUGAGUCAAAGGGCAUGACAACUAUCAAAUUUCGGCCACAUUCAGGAGAGGCUGGUGACAUUGACCACCUUGCUGCCACAUUUCUUACUACUCAUAAUAUAGCACAUGGCAUCAAGUUGAGAAAAUCUCCAGUCCUUCAGUAUUUGUACUAUCUGGCACAGAUUGGCCUUGCUAUGUCUCCUCUGAGCAACAAUUCGUUAUUUUUAGACUAUCACAGGAACCCUUUUCCUAUUUUUUUUCUACGGGGCCUCAAUGUUUCACUUUCUACGGAUGAUCCACUCCAAAUCCACUUAACAAAGGAACCUUUAGUGGAAGAAUAUAGCAUAGCUGCUUCGGUCUGGAAGUUGAGUUCAUGUGACCUCUGUGAAAUUGCUAGGAAUUCGGUCUACCAGUCAGGUUUCUCACAUGCUUUCAAGUCACACUGGAUUGGAAAAGAGUACUACAAGAGAGGUCCAAAUGGAAAUGACAUUCAUAGAACAAAUGUACCUCAUAUCCGGGUGGAAUUUCGUGACACGAUUUGGAGAGAGGAGAUGCAACUGGUUUACCUGGGCAAGGCCAUCAUCUCUGAAGAAUUAGACAAGUAAUUGCAAGGCAAUUGUGUUAAUCUUAAAACGUUUCCAAAUUUUUGGAGGGUGAGGAAUCUACAUUUCCACCUGCUUUCCUGCGUGUGCAGAGUAUGGCAUGUUCUUACUGCGGAAACUCCAUAAUGGCUUGAAAAUGAAGUUGGUGAGAAGCCAAACAGAAUUUGUGAACUAAGCCGGGAGAUGCGCAAAAGGUCUAAUGACACUUGAAUGUGGAUUAGAUCUGCAGCAACAGGAAGCUGGUGGAAGCUCAAACACCUAAAAUAUAGCUUUUAAGGUUAAGUACAAUAAUAUAAAAUGUAGAUAUAAUAGAAGUUUUCUGAAUGCUGUUUAGUGGCUUCCUGUAAUACUGAACCCUUGUGGCAAGAGGAUGAUUGCUUGCUUUGCAAUUUUGGCAGAAUUUUUUUGAUGCUUAAUAUAAACAGCCAUGGAAUGCAGAAUUAUGUGCUCA